CAUCGCUAUCAGCAACUUCACUAGACAUGUCAACCACAGAUGGAUUUCCCGCCAGUUUCUAUGGGGAGCCAGGGCUGCUUGGCUUGCUGGCCAAUGGGAUCAGUGCAUUCUUGGUACUCCUGCAGAACUUUAAUGGAGCGCGCACUGGCAUUCCAGCACAGGGCGUUGAGGACAUUCUGGCAGGCGUGCAUCUCAUUCUCAUAGGAGGUGUGUGCCAGCUCCUGGCUGGCUUGCUGUCCUUCCGCAAGUACGACCACCUGAGCGGGACCUCCUUCGUUGGCUAUGCAGCACUGUGGAGCAGCUAUGGUGCCACCAGGAUCUUCCUAGGGGGGUCCACCUCGCCACUGGGCAACCUUUCAUCAUCCGAAGACCUCAAUGCCACCUUGGGGAUACCAGAGUGGCUCUCCCCUCCCAUCAGCCAGUCUGCCAUUGCAGGGCUCAUUCCCUACAUACUCCUGUCAUUUAUCCUAGCCUUCUGCUCUGCGACAGUCAACUACAUUAUGCCUUUUGUGUUUGGGGCCAUCACUGCUGCCCUGGUAUUCGAGGCAGUAGGCCUGGUGGGCCGGUGGGCCUUGGUGGUCUCUGGGGUCCUAGAGUUGCUCAUCCUCAUCUUUGCCAUCUAUGGGUCGGUCGCACUGCUCAUCAAGGGGGUGUCCCAGCGUUACGCGCUGAGGGGCUUUGGGACCCCCCUAUUCAACGUGCUCCUAUUGGGCACAGGCAACUCCAGCAACUCCCAAAGCCUGGGCCAGGAGAAGAAGAAGAACACCAAAUAUGCUGAGCCCAUGGCAUUGGGCUUCUUCUGUGACACAGUAUCGCCCUUCAUCUUUGCUUUCUAUUGCUUCGGCUACGUCCCAUCCUUUGCCGUGGGGGCUGUCUGGGUAUCCAUCAUCUCCGGGGCUCAGCUCCUCUCCAGCUACUACAGCUACCUCCGCCAAGACUGCUACCAUGCCACCAAGUUCGCCUUGCACUGCACUUUCUGGCUAGUAAAGUCUUGGGAGGAGUUUGUGCUGUCAGUCCUGAUGGAUGGACGGGUGCCAGCUGGUGCCAGGGAGGCCAUGGUGGGUGACUGGUUUUUCCUGGCUGCAGCGAUGAUCCUCUGCGUGCUGAGCCUGAACAUGGACACCCUGGAGCUGCUUCACAACAUCCUCUUCCUCCUGCUCACAGUCUCCACUAUCUCCCAGAUCCCCCUUACGGGCUACUACAUCUUCUUUGGGGUCGCAUGCUCCCUUUACACUGCCCUGUCUCUCUAUGGCACCUUUGCUCGUUUGGUCAACACUAUAGCAGAGAAGCCUCUGAUUUUGGUGGGGCCGCAGUCCGUGUCCAUGGACCGCUUCUUGGGGGCACUGUCUGUUCUCAGGCGAAGCGUGGGCAGAGAGGCUCCCACUGGACCCACAGCCUCUGAGCUGCCUGAUGCCCUGUUCUACCUCACUAAUGGGCUGGCGGCUCUCUCUGCCAUCCACUCCAGCCAGCCUAAUCCUGCCUUCCUGCACCUCACUGUGCCCUGGGUGCUCAUCUCAGGCACGGUUGUUCAGGUGUACGUCAGCCGAUUGCAGGUUCAAGGUGGCCGGCGGUUUGGUUCCGUGAUCCCCCAGUUUUAUGCAGCCAUUUGGGCGACCUGGACCUGGUAUCGGUUUGCAGGCCAGUUGCUUGAUAUUUCUGUUGGUUCAGCAUAUGGCUUUACAGCUGGAGCAAUCGCAUUCCUUGUAGUGAAUGUAUUCCUCAUGCUUAUUGCUGCCUAUGUGAACCUGGUCCUGCUAAUACUAACCACAGUAAUGGAGGUCAUACUGGUCUGCUUCCUCCUCUCCACCAUUGGCAGACUACCCUACCAGCUGGAAAUUGCCAUGCUGGCAAUAUUCUCCAUAAUCUGUCUGUAUGGCACCUUUGCCUCGAUGGUCAACUGCAUCAUGUCCAAAAACCUCAUCCCAACAGGUCCUCCAGUGUUCAAGGAUGGAAAAAAGAAGAAGAGUGAGGCUGCGCCUCCUCUCCCCUGCCCUGUCGCUGACUCCCGACUGACCAGCGGGCUGCUGAGCAUUGCGCAGCUGCUGGACCAGAGUGGGGUGUGUGGCAUCCCCACGGACACAGUGUAUGCCCUGGCUGCCUCCUGUAAGAACCCCAAAGCUAUUGAGAAGAUUUACAACAUAAAGGACCGCCCAGCAGAGAAGCCUGUCUGUAUCUGCAUCAGUAGUGUGGAACAGCUGGUGGCAGCCAGACCCCCCUUCAGCCCCCUUUUGUGGGAGUUCAUGAAGAAUGUCUACCCUGGUGGCAUCAGCUGCAUCGUUCCCAAGGGCGACUGGCUAUUCAAUCUAGGAGUUGGACCUGCCUAUGACCGUGUUGGAACGAAAGACAGUAUCAUGAUCCGUGUACCUGACCACACGGUCACAGUCCACCUCUGUGAAAUAACUGGGCCCCUUGCCAUCACGUCAGCCAACCCCAGUGGGGAGCCAGACAGCACCCACCAUGACAUGGUUGUCACACGCCUAGGGCAGAAGAUACAAGGAGUACUGUGCGAUGGAGUGUCAAAUGAAGUGGUGGCCUCAACUGUAGUCAACUGCUUGAAAAUUGACGAAGGUACCAUCAGCAUCCUGCGAGAAGGAUGUGUGCCGGCAGCAAAGGUCAGGGAAAUAUUUGAGAGAGUGAAGAACAGUAUGCUGUGA